GGUGCUGACUGGCUUGCGCCUCUGCCACUUUCUUUCAGCUUAGUGGUGCGCGGCGCGGCGACGACCGCGGGGAGCGUGUGCAGCGGCGGCGGCGGAAGUGGCCGGCGAGCCCGGUCCCCGCCGGCACCAUGCUUCCCUUGUCACUGCUGAAGACGGCUCAGAAUCACCCCAUGUUGGUGGAGCUGAAAAAUGGGGAGACGUACAAUGGACACCUGGUGAGCUGCGACAACUGGAUGAACAUUAACCUGCGAGAAGUCAUCUGCACGUCCAGGGACGGGGACAAGUUCUGGCGGAUGCCUGAGUGCUACAUCCGCGGCAGCACCAUCAAGUACCUGCGCAUCCCCGACGAGAUCAUCGACAUGGUCAAGGAGGAGGUGGUGGCCAAGGGCCGCGGCCGCGGGGGCCUGCAGCAGCAGAAGCAGCAGAAAGGCCGCGGCAUGGGUGGCGCCGGCCGAGGUGGGUCUCCCCUCUCUAGUGGACGUACCUGGGGCGGGAAGACAACCACACGCGGCAUCCCUCCUUCUUGGGGUUGGCCUUCUUCGCUGGUGCCCUCGCAGCGCUGCCUCGGAGCCUCCCGACCCUCCUGGGCCCCCCUCCUGGUCCUUGGCCAUGAGCCGAGGCCCAGGCAGAGGAGCCCCGAGACCUGGGACUCAGCCCUCCUCUCACUGCGCCUCCUGGCGGUCCUCAGGGCACAUCAAGUCACCUCCCCAAGCCUCAGUUUCCCCUCUUAGAGGGCCUGGUGGUACCCAUCUGUCCAGGCUGGUGGCACCUCCACUUGGGACCUGGCGUGGGGCCCUUUCCCUGCUGUGGCUCUAUCCAGAGCCAAGGUCUCCUGCCCCCACCGGAGAUGAUGAAUUGGCAUAAAAUUCCAUUUGUUAGGCCUGGGGGCCAUCUGUAGUCCCUGCCCCUCCUCACCUCUGUCCCUAGCUCUGUGUUCUCGGGGGGGGGGGGACCUGGGCUUUGCUUCUUCCAUCCGUGGGCACUGCCUGUGUGCUGGGCUCAGGUGCCAGCCUGGGGGCUUGCAGCAUGGCAUGGCUGCCCCCGGAAGGUCCCAGGUGCCAAUUCUGAGUGCAGGCUCACGAGGUGGUAAGGAGUGAGCCCGAGGGAGGGGCAGGGAUAGUACUCCAGGCAGGGAGCUUUGGGAAUCUCAGGGUGGGUGGGGCCUCUGGGGUCUCAGGCCUGGCUCCUUCCCAGUACUUGGGGUCAAGGUUGUUGAGAGAGUGGGUCGGGUCCUACCUAGGGAAGUGGGGAAUUUCUCUGGCCGCUCUGCAGGAAGCCACGGGGCCACGGGGUGCAGAUAGCAGCCUCGCAGUAACCCCCACCAGGCCGUGCACCCUGGCACAGCUGGUCCUGCCUGGUGAGAGGGGAAGUUGGUGGCCCAGGCCAGUGUUGGCCUCUGGCCUCUGUCCCCACAGGGACUGGUGGCCCCUGGCUGAUGAGAGCCCUGACCUCUUAGAUCCUCUGAAUCUGGACCCCUGACCCCACCUUCAUGGGGUUGAGGUCUGCAGAGUACACGGUGAUUCCAGUUCCUUUUGGGGUCAGUCCUCCUGUCCCCAGACCUCCCUGGCCCACGGCUGAGCCUCCGAGCGGGCUCUGUGGAGGGCCUGAGCUACGCUGCCUGCAGCGCUGGCCUCUGGCCCCUGGCACCCAGCACAUGGGCCUCAGGGCCAGCUCCUCUUGCUGGCCUUGGCUCUCCUGCUGUUUGAAGCCCCAGCUUUGAUUUCCUCAAGCGUUCAUCCAGCUAGAAAGUUCUCUGAAACGGCUCCCUAGACGGGGCUCACAGAGCUGGGGUCCCCGAGGGAGACAGAGAGGGAGGGAUCAAUGUUGGGUCCCGGCCUGCCCAGCCUGCUGUGUCCAGGCCUGGCCUGUGGCAGGGGUGGCGUGAAGGGGCGCCGGGCACACAGAGGGUGUGGGGACAGGCGUGCCCUGCGUGCAGCCUGCUCAGGAUUACUGUAGGCGCCGCUGUAGCGUCCACUCAGUCCCUGGGGCCCUCAUCUCCCGGGACCCCCCUGGGUGGGGGUGCUGGAGCCCCCUGUCACCUACCCAGUGGCCACAUGCUCCCACCUCAGGGGCUUCAUGGAAAAUGUCAUUUGUCCUCAUGGUCUACCUCUGUGGCCUCAGGCCUGCUGGGGAGUCCCCUCCCCUUCCCCAUCCCUGGGGCUGGAUACACAGAAAUCCCUCUUUCUGUUUUCCUCCUGGCAGGUAGAUGAGGGGCUGUGGGUGGUCCUGGAGCAUGGGAGACCCCACCUCAGGCAGCCCCCAGCCUGGCCUACUGCCCUGGUCUCUGCUCCACGCCUCUCCUACCUCCUCCUCCUCCAGGAAGCCCUUCUGGCUUUGCCCUUUAGGAAGCCAGCCCCAACCCCCGACGUGACUUAGUGUCCUCUGUCACCUAGUCCCCCCUUUCAUCCUUGGGGGCUGGGUCUAGUCCCAUAAUGAGGAUGCCCUGGAGUUCCUGCCUUCCUCAGAUGCUCUGCCCCACGGAGGAGAUCCAAAGCACCCUCAGUCCCCACCUCACACAUGAGGAAGCUGAGGCUGGGGACUUAGGUGACCUGGCUUAGAGUUUCAGGGCGCUGGGAUCCUGUCGAAGGUCCCACCCACCUGGCUCUGCUGCAGCCCCCUCUCUCUGUCCUCUAGGUGUGUUUGGUGGCCGGGGCCGAGGUGGGAUCCCGGGCACAGGCAGAGGCCAGCCAGAGAAGAAGCCUGGCAGACAGGCAGGCAAACAGUGAGCGCCCACCCAGACCGGCCGCUGCGCCCCCUCCUGCCAGGGCGGCGAUUCCGCUCCACAGUCUCGGACAGAUCUGCUCGGAAAGGAAGAGGCGGGCACCGGGGGAACCCCCUUUGUGUUUUGCGACCCUCCUUUUAGGUGAAGCCCCUUUUUCUUGCUAAAACCGGCAAUUCUCUGGUUGGAAAUGUUACUUGGUGUUUUUGGUUUUGUGAAACGGCCGUCCCAAAGCUGGCGGGAUUCCUGGAAGAGUCUGUGUUGAAGGCAUCUUUCAAGCCCUCGCUCUGGUUCUCAGGGCAGCAUUUUCCAGGCGGGUUUGUUUUGCAUUUCUCGGAGGCUCUCCAAGCAGCGACCAGACAGGAGUUUUUAUUUUAAGCUGUUCACGCCGGACUGACAGCUUGCAGAGAGUUUCCUUGGGCGCGGCCCCAAAAUUGCCUUCAAAACAAACCCGGGAUGGUUGAAAGCCUUCGAACUCAUGCAGGGGAUGCCUCGGGCCCUGGCCCUUCGCUUCCUCUCGUGUUAUGGAAAUAAAAACAAAUAAAACUACA